AUGAGUCUAAACAUAACUGGUUUACUUGUAUUGUGUUGUAUCGCGAUUGUGAGCAGUGACUGGAUAUUUCCGGAUGCGGUACAGUUUGACCUAAGUGCAGCACUGAACAAAAACUGUGGCCAAUCUCCAUAUAUCGAUCGUUUCAAGCCAGAAGAUGGACGGAUUUUCGAAAACCCCUGGUUGGUAUUGUUCCGCCAUCCCGAGGAGCAGGAAUGGUUUUGUCAAGGAACUCUGAUAACCGAUCGCCAUAUCAUGACAACAGCCAUUUGCUCGGAAGCAAUCGUGGUUAAUGAAACGAUCAUUAUUCUUGGCGAAUAUGAUCGAAAGGACGACCCGGAUUAUGUGAUGCCCGUUUGUUUGCCCUUAACACCAAUCAUCCCUUCGCUGAUCCAUGCACCUACCCCGUACAACACGUUAUGGACAGGUGAACACAGAGUACCAAAGCAGAUUCGGAUGCACUACAUGUCUCAGGACACAUGCCAGGCCCGUAUGCGAAAUCUACUUCUGUUACAAGAGGGACAAAUUUGCGCCCGAUAUGCGAAACCCAUCGAUGUUAGGAUUACCAGCGGUUCUGGGUCACCGCUUGUCAUCGAACAUCACGAUCGCACGUUUCAAUUUGGAAUUCUUUCAAUCGGUCUUCCCGAAGCUACCUACUUAGAGCCUUACGUGUAUGUAAACAUUUCUACACACAUCAAGUGGAUCCAUGAUACUUUGGUUGAUGAAUUCAAACAAUAA